AUGGUCCCACAGCCGUACCAGGAGUGCAGCACUGACCACUCCAACCUGCAGCUCCCUCCUCUGUCAGAGCCCACAUGGUCCCACAGCCGGACCAGGAGUGCAGCACUGACCACUCCAACCUGCAGCUCCCUCCUCUGUCAGAGCCCACAUGCCCACAUGGUCCCACAGCCGUACCAGGAGUGCAGCACUGACCACUCCAACCUGCAGCUCCCUCCUCUGUCAGAGCCCACAUGGUCCCACAGCCGUACCAGGAGUGCAGCACUGACCACUCCAACCUGCAGCUCCCUCCUCUGUCAGAGCCCACAUGGUCCCACAGCCGUACCAGGAGUGCAGCACCCCUGA